ACUUCACUGACCGGGUUUUCGACAUUUUGCGCUACUAUUUGAGGUUUCCCCAUAUUUAGUAGCAAUGUCCUCUCUAAACUCAAAUACACUUCAAAUCAAGUAUAUACAUAAUUCUGUUGCAAUGGUGACGAGCUGUCCGUUGUCAGCUAGUCUUCAGGUCAUUGACCAACAAGUCCGAGAAUUGUGUAGUUUCACCAAAGAUCAACCAUUCACAAUAAAAUGGAUCGACGAAGAACACGAUCCUAUCGUUAUUUCCUCAGAAAUGGAAUUAAAAGAGGCGUUCCGACUUCACGAGUUGAAUAAAGAAUGGCAACUAACAGUUCAUGUAUUUAAUGGAGUUCCAAGUGAACCGGGUAAACCCUGUCCUGGCGAAGAUAUUAAUAUGUACCGAAGAGGUGCUAAACGAUGGAAAAAGAAAUUUUAUUUAUUGCAUGGUCAUCAGUUUGCUGCCAGACGAUUUAAUCGGAAUGCCGUAUGUGCUUACUGUAAGGAGCGUAUAUGGGGUUUGGGACAACAAGGGUUUAAAUGUAUUAAUUGUCGUCUUCUACUUCAUCGUCGUUGUCAAGGUGGCGUGCGUCAUAAAUGUGGUGAAGCAUUCAUAAGACCGACCUAUCAAAACAUGCGUUCAAUCUCUACAUUUUCCACCGGUUCCACUCCUAUUGUGUGGGAUAACAAUGGAAACAGACCUACAACCAUAGCAACAGAUCUAUCUUCUGGGACAAGUAAUACACUCCCAUCCCGUCUUCCUGUCACUAUUCAACCAUGCAAAGAUGAUUCAAAGCCACCAAAGCUAGAAAAAAUCAUUGGUUUAGGUGAAAAAGAAUCAAAUCAAACAUCAGACAAACACUUUACGCCAACAUCCAAUACAAAAAAUAAUCUCAAAUCAGGUUCAGACAACUUAAUAAUUGAAACAAGUGGUGGUGUUCACCCUAGUAGUGUACCAGUUCCCGUUUCAAUCAUCACUGAUAAAGUUGAUGAUAAGUCCAUACCAAUCAUAGAACAGCGCAUUAUAGAUAUUCCUGAUAUUCCAAUCACUUCUGGACGGGUUGGUUUACAUGAUUUCAAUUUACUCAAAGUGAUUGGUCGUGGUAGUUAUGCUAAAGUAUUUCAAGUAGAGCACAAACCAACUAAUCGUAUAUAUGCAAUGAAAGUUAUUAAAAAAGAAACUAUUCUGGAUGAAGAGGAUAUUGAUUGGGUUCAAACAGAAAAACAUGUAUUUGAAUGCGCUACUAACCAUCCAUUUUUAGUUGGUUUACACUCGUGUUUCCAAACUAGAAGUCGGUUAUUCUUUGUCAUUGAAUUUGUUAAUGGUGGAGACCUAAUGUUUUAUAUGCAACGUAAUCUUCGUUUAGCAGAAGAUUACGCACGAUUCUAUGCAGCUGAAAUUUGCAUUGCAUUAAAUUUUCUCCAUGAACGUGGUAUUAUUUACCGAGAUCUCAAGUUAGACAAUGUUUUGAUGGAUAGCGAAGGUCAUAUUAAACUGACUGAUUAUGGAAUGUGUAAAGAAGGAAUCAUCGGAGAUAUGACUACAACUACAUUUUGUGGUACACCGAAUUAUAUAGCUCCUGAAAUACUGAAAGGAGAAAGUUAUAGUUUCAGUGUUGACUGGUGGGCCCUAGGCGUACUUAUGUUUGAGAUGUUAGCUGGUCGAUCUCCUUGGGAAGGUGUUGGACAGUCAGCUAAUCCAGAUCAAAAUACUGAGGAUUAUUUAUUUCAAAUCAUUCUCAGUCGUCCAAUUCGUUUUCCACGUUCUAUUUCUGUUCGUGCAACCAGCAUACUUAAUGCAUUUCUCCAAAAGGUGCCAACUGAACGCCUUGGAUGUGCGCCAAAUUCAAGUUUUGGUGAUAUUAUGGAGCACGGAUUUUUCAAACCAAUCGAUUGGGUAGCUUUAGAAAGGAAAGAAGUUCAUCCUCCUUAUCGUCCAACAUGUGGAGGCGAUAGAGAUCUGAUACAUUUCGAUCCUGCAUUCACCGAUGAACCUGUAGUGCUAACACCAGAUAACGAGGCAGUGAUGUCACGUAUGGAUCAAACAGAAUUCGAUGGUUUCGAAUAUGUGAAUCCUUUGCUCAUGUCGUUAGAUGAACAAGUGUAAGAGGAAUUCUCAUUCCCCCCCUUCCUCAAUGGCUCGUUGUGUUAAUCUAUCUACCUUCUUUUUUUUUAGAAAAAUCACUUUUAUUCAAUACUACCACCAUAUCUAUUAACAAAUAAAUAAAUAGUAUUUUAUAUUGAAUUUUUUAUAAAAAAAACUAAUUUAUCAUAUACAUUCCAUAUUCAUUCUGUUAGCAAAAUAAAAAUUGUUUAAAUCAUUUACCAACAGUUCAAUGUUAAAUUAACUUAAGAACAUAUCAAAUGUUAAAAUAUUUUCACUUCUUUUGAUUUUAGGGUAUAAUUCUUGAAAUAUUUUCUUUUUAUAUAAGAAAAAAAUAUUGCUUACUUGGAAGUUUAUAUUAUUUUAAGCACACACACACACACGUACAUAUAUAUAUAUAUAUAUAUAUAUAUAUAUAUAUAUUUCUAGGAAAAUUUAUUUUGUUUGUUUAUUAUCAAACAAGCUUCCUUUAUUGCUCCGUGUUCUUUAUUGAUGAACAAAUGUGUUUAAUUAUUUUUUCUCUCGCUCAAUUAAUUUUGAUGAAAAUAAAUGCUGACUGUAUUUCUAUCUUUUUCUAAGUUGUUGUUUUUUUUAAUAGUUUUUAUCAAUGUUUACUUAUUUUCUCUAAUUUUAUAAUUAUGGAAUGAGUUUAAAGUAAAUUAUCAUAAAAUGUUUAUUGUAG